AUGGUAAUGAUUUGUGGUAGUGAUUAUGAUGAUAGUAGUGAUGAUAGUAAUCAUCGUGGUGAUGGGUAUAAUAGUGGUGAUGGUGAUAGUGAUGAUGGUGAGAGUGGUAGUGAUUAUGGUGAUGAUGGUAGUGAUAAUGAUGAUUAUGAUGAUGAUAGUAAUAGAGGUAGUAGGAUUGUAGUGAUAAUGGCGAUUAUGAUUGUGAUAGAUGGGGGAAUAAAAGAAUAUUAA